GAGGCUGAGCCGCAGCUACUAGCGCUGAGUCUUGCGCAUCCUGUGCGCGCGUCUUGCUCACUUUCCUUGCUUAUUGCCUAUGUUAAAGCGGACAAUACAGAGAGUAAAAAUGGCUAAAGGUGACCUGAAAAAGCCAAAGGGGAAGAUGUCUGCUUAUGCCUUCUUUGUUCAGACCUGCCGUGAAGAACACAAGAAGAAGAAUCCAGAAGUUCCCGUCAACUUUGCAGAGUUCUCAAAGAAGUGCUCAGAGAGGUGGAAGACCACAUCAAGCAAAGAGAAAGGUAAAUUUGAUGAGAUGGCUAAAGCUGAUAAAGUACGGUAUGAUAGAGAAAUGAAGGAUUAUGGACCAGCAAAGGGUGGUAAGAAGAAGAAGGAUCCCAAUGCCCCCAAACGGCCACCGUCUGGAUUCUUCCUGUUCUGUUCAGAAUUCCGUCCCAAUAUCAAAUCCACUAAUCCUGGCAUCUCCAUUGGAGACGUGGCAAAGAAAUUGGGUGAAAUGUGGAACAACCUCAGUGAUGGAGAGAAACAGCCUUACAACAACAAGGCUGCAAAACUGAAGGAGAAGUAUGAGAAGGAUGUCGCAGACUACAAGUCUAAAGGCAAGUUUGAUGGUGCAAAGAGUGCAGUGGCCAAAGCGGCUGCUGCAGCUCGGAAAAAGGUAGAGGAGGAGGACGAUGAGGAGGAAGACGAGGAGGAAGACGAGGAGGAGGAGGAGGAGGAGGAGGAGGAGGAAUGAGAAACUGUAUAAUACUUGUCUCCAUGUGAAUACCAUAGAGUAGGGGAAACACCAUUUGGAAAAGAGAAAUAAACAGCCACUUCUUAUUUAA